GAAUUAGUUGGGAUCUAAGGCCACCAACCCAACCAACUUAAAAUUUCAAGCUCUGUCUAAAAUAUUUAUAUUCAACUAUAUGGUUAAGAGGAUGAUCAGCCACAUUGGAAUUGAGACUCGAACUCUUAAGAAGGCAGCGAUGGAGAAUUUUCUAAGCAAAAGUGUGACGGUCCGCAAUGCCACAUGGAGGUCUACCUAUGUACAGUGAACUUCUUUUCUUGAAGAAGAAACAAUGACUAUAUUCGAAUAAUAAUCAUCCGCUAAUUCUUUCUUUUCAAUGGCGUCCAUGCCUAUAUUCGAAUAAUAAUCAUCCACUAAUUCUUUCUUUUCAAUGGCGUCCAUGCCUCUCAUUUUAUUCGUUCCUACAAAAAUUUCUUAUUUAAUUUAUGGAAUCCUCGAACAGCCUCAAUCAACCAAGUUGUUAUCAUCUUAUAGCUUGGUAGGGAGCUUUAAUUCAGAGUUGAAUAUCUCGAAAUCCUGAACCAAAUGAUAAACACAUUUGAAACGAUAAUUGGUGGGAAGUCAAUAAACUUCUAAAAUCGGACACUAAUUUUGAGAAAAUGAUCUAAAAAUAAAAGAUGAAAUUUUGUUGAGAGAUAUAAGGGGAUGAACGAAACCAAAAAUUCCUCAGCCUCCCAAAAAUAACAAUCAAACCAAAAAUGGAGGCUAUAAAAUCAGCUCCGCAUUCUUCAUCAUCUCCUCAGCUCUGCACAAAAAGCACAAAUAACAAAGAGCCUGCGGCAGAAGAAUAAGAAUAAGAACAAGAACAAUGGCGAAAUCUGCAGUAAUGCUUGUUUCAGCCCUCUGCCUCAUGUCGCUCAUCAACAUCGCAACCUGCGAGAAGGAACGCUUCUUCGUGGAAGGCAAAGUGUAUUGCGACACAUGCCGGAUCCAAUUCUUCACAAAAGUCAGCAAAUUCCUCGAAGGCGCGACUGUGAAAUUGGAAUGCAGAGACAUCGAAGGAGGAAAUGUGACGUUCAGCAAAGAGACGGAGACGGAUAAAUCGGGGAGUUACAAGAUCGAGACGGACAAAGAUCACGAGGAAGAGGUGUGCGAGGUGUCGCUGGUGAAGAGUAAGGAUCCGGAUUGCGAUGAAAUCACGAAGGAAGGGUACGCACACAAAUCCAGAGUGAGUAUCACCAGCAACAGUGGAAUCACCAGCCCCGAACGCCUUGCCAAUCCGUUGUCGUUCAUGAAGAAGGAGAAGUUGCCUGAGUGCAAGGAGGUUCUCAGAGAGCUCGGCUUCGACGAAUAUGGCAACAUCGUCUAAACUAAACCACCACCGCCAAUGUUCUUUAUAAUAGUGGACAAACAAACACCACGCAUUUCUUACCAAACUUCUCUAUUAUUUCUUU